CACUCGGUCUCGCGAUCUCCAGCGGCGCACGUGACGGAUCCACUGUGCGGGUGGUCGUCAGCUGACGCGCAAACGGCGGACGGACGGACGACGGAUUCUCGCUUCGCUCGAGAACUUUUCUCGCGAGAUUAAAUUCGCUCUCAAGACCGCAGCAAUGGCGCUUCAUUCCGCGGGGAAGGGUAAGCUUCUGGCGGUGAUUGGCGAUGAGGACACCUGCGUGGGUUUCUUGCUGGGCGGAGUUGGGGAGAUCAAUAAGCACCGUCAGCCUAACUUUAUGGUUGUCGACAAAAAUACACCAGUGAGCGAGAUAGAGGACACUUUCAAGCGAUUUAUCAAGCGAGAUGACAUCGACAUCAUUCUUAUCAAUCAGAAUGUAGCGGAGAUGAUUCGCCAUGUAAUUGACAGUCAUACUCUACCGAUACCCUCUGUUCUGGAAAUUCCGAGCAAGGAUCAUCCAUAUGACGCCAGCAAAGAUUCCAUCUUGAGACGUGCUAAGGGUAUGUUCAAUCCAGAAGAUAUUCAUUCAUAAUAUGAAUACGAUGUUAACAAGAUUACACCAAAUGUGUACAAUAAGAAUUAUUUUCUUGGCCGUCGCAUUCCACGUGUCUGUCUCUGUUAUUUGGUCAAAGUGAUGUAAAAUCGUUGUUAAUACUUUCGCGAGUAAAAACUGAUAGAUGAAAUAGCUAGUUCUCUUUCUCUCGUUGUUUUAAAGUAUGUCUUUGUGAAUAUAUACAUACAAUACAUACAUAUUAUAACGCUAAUGGAAAUAACUGUGUGAAAAAAAAUCUACUUUUUAGUUGUAAGGACAUAUACAUAAUGACUUUUAAUUCAAAUUCUAAAAUUGUAAAAUAAACUAUCGUCGACUUAUCGUAUCUCGAAACAUUGUUGUUACAUUAAUGGAUUGAGUCUAAUACUGAAAAAUUAAAUCAACAUUGAAUUAUAAUAAAGUGCAAAUGCAUACAUUUGCCAUGGCAGCUUCGAAAACGAAUGAAGUUUUCUUUUGUUUCUAACUUUUCUCUCAACAAUCUUGAUAAUAAUUAGAACGCUCCCAAUAAAAUAGAAACGGAAGAAAACAAUGUAUUACUUUAGCUGGAAGGAUGUUGAGAAGUUGGAGAUGAGUAAUAGUCUUUAAGCAAGAAAAAGACAUUUUACAACUGAAUCUAAUUUCUUAAUUAAUAAAUUUAAUAUGUAUUGGUAUACACAUGUAGAUACUUUUAUCGCAAUAUACUGACAUUAUCAAAAUACAGGUUUUACAAUAA